AUGGGUUCACCGCGAAUUCAGAAUUUCAAACGGCAAACCGUAUUGCACAAGGGACAGAGAACUCGCCUCCCAGCUACUUAUGUCGCUCCAGAAGACGUCUCCAUUUGGGACAUCAUCCGCCCUAAUCUUGGCAAAGACUUCUCCAGAUUCACGGUGCCCGUCUUCAUGAAUGAACCGCUCAGCUUUCUCCAGAGACUCUCUGAAAACGUUCAAUAUAAUUAUUUACUCGAAAAAGCUGCAAAGUGUGAGGAUGAGUUGCAGCGAAUGGAGUAUGUUGCUGCAUUCGCUCUUGCAACUGUCUCAGCAAAUCAUAAAAGAAUGUCAAAGCCGUUUAACCCGCUACUCCUCGAAACUUUCGAGUUGGAGAGAAACGGCGUCCGCUUCCUAGCCGAACAAGUAUCCCAUCAUCCACCGAUUUCGGCUGUCUACGCAGAAUCCGACGAAUUUACGGUGGAGGGUACUGUUGAACCGACACUCAGUUUCUGGAUGACCAAAUUGAUUGCCAACCCGCACGCGCAUCUCAAAUUGACUUUUAAAAAAACCGGUGAGACGUACUCUUGGUGUGCGCCAAAGUGCGCCAUCUACAAUGUGAUAAUGGGCAAGAUGUACAUGAACUUUACAAGUCACAUGAAGAUCGAAUCAUCCGGAACGUACGACGCGGUCUUCUCGUUCGACAACAAAGGAUACUACAAUCAUAAAGGUGGAGAUGUUCACGUGGAGGGACACGUCUUCGAAGGGAAGAAUAAGAUCAAGGCGUUGUAUGGAAAUUGGACACUUUUCUUGGCUUCUUGUGAUCAAGACGACUUCAAACAUCAUCGAAAAGAGUAUGUGCAGAUGUUCAAUGAGAGUGUUCUGGAGAAAGAUCAGGGUCCGGUGAUCCCCGGUUCGAAGAUCCUUUGGACAGCUAACCAGAUUCCAAAACUUUUCGAUGAUCAAUUCCAUUUCACCAACUUCACACUGUCACUCAACGAAAUGUAUCCGGGAAUGAGUGACAAGUUGGCACCGACGGAUAGUCGUCGUCGGAAAGAUAUGAAGGCGUUGGAGGAUGGGAAGAACGAUGAGGCCGAGGAGUUUAAGCACAAGUAUGAGGAGGAGCAGAGGGAACGGAGAGCCAAUAAGACGGGCAAUGUGCCGAUGUGGUUCGCGAAAGACGACGAUGGUCACUGGAGCUACAAAGGUGACUACUGGGCACGCGAGUUCUCUAACUGUCUCGAUUUAUUCGAAUCCGGUGACAACAACAAUAGCACUCGCUCCAACUCGUCGUCUUCCUCGACGUCUUCUGCUGAUUAA